GCGACGGUGGCGGCAGCUUUAGCGGCCUUGCGGCGGGGUAGGACUUCCGGGCCGUAGGCCUGACUCCUCAGAGCUGCUGUCAUGGCGGGUGCUCUGUGGGGUUUCUUCUCCGUCCUGCUUCUGUUAUUAUCAGGAGAUGCCCACAGCUCGGAGGACAGAUGGGAGCUUUGUGGUUCAUGAUAUUCCCUCUGGCUCUUAUGUAGUGGAAGUUAUUUCUCCUGCUUACAAGUUUGACCCUGUCCGAGUCGAUAUCACUUCAAAAGGAAAAAUGCGAGCAAGAUAUGUGAAUUACAUCAAAACGUCAGAAGUGGUCAGAUUACCCUAUCCUCUCCAAAUGAAAUCUUCAGGUCCACCUUCUUACUUUAUUAAGAGGGAAUCGUGGGGCUGGACAGACUUUCUGAUGAACCCAAUGGUUAUGAUGAUGGUUCUCCCGUUAUUGAUAUUUGUGCUUCUGCCUAAAGUGGUGAACACAAGUGAUCCUGACAUGAGACGGGAGAUGGAGCAGUCAAUGAACAUGUUGAAUUCCAACCAUGAAUUGCCUGAUGUCUCUGAGUUUAUGACCAGACUCUUCUCUUCAAAGUCCUCUGGCAAAUCUAGUAGUGGCAGCAGUAAAACAGGCAAAAGCGGAGCUGGCAAAAGGAGGUAGUCAGGCCACCGCUGCCAUGGCACAAACUGGGCUACCCCGGGUGGCAUCCGAGUCUUGAUGGAAAGCCGUGUGAAGUGACUACUGUAAGCCAAGUCAUCCUGAGGUUGAUCUCGUGCAACUGUUGUCUCUGUUAACUUCUUAACACAUGUUUUGUACUUGGUACACAAGAAAAACCCAGCUUUCAUCCUUUGUAUGAGGUCAAUAUUAAUGUCACUGAAUUAAUUACAGUGUCCUAUAGAGAAUGACAUUAAUAAAUUAUAUGAAGUACUAUACAUUAUGUAUAUUAAAGAAAUCUUAAUCCAGAGAUAAGAUUAUCUUCUGUUUUUCUUUAUCUGAGCUCUUUUAAAAAUACUUGCUUGGUAGAAGAACACACACUGUGUUUUUAUGUAUAUGGCCAUACAUUUCAAAAGUCCCACCCUAGGACAGGUGCGGUGGCUCACACUUGGAAUCCUAGCCCUGAAAUGGAAGGAUUGCCUUGAGUUUGAGGCCAGCCCGGGAUACUGAGUAAGACUUUUUCAAAAAUAAAACCCUAAGACCUGCGCUCACAGUAAACAUUCCCUGGUUGUAAAGCAUGGCAUGUUCCUGGUGCAGUUCUCAUACUUGUUGCACUUGUUGUAAAGUGUGGACAUGUGGGUCAGCAGGUACCCAUCACACAAGUCCAAGUUUCCGUCUUUUGGAUUCACUUCACAAUUACUGUCUGCUAGCUGUGUGCGGUGGUCUGUGAAAAGUACAAAGAUGGAUAAUAUCUCAGCAUCUAUCUCAGUAAGGCUAUGUAGGUAGGGAGAUGGCAAAGCGGCCCAGCUAGAAACAAGGCCUCCUGGCCUAAGGAUGAGAAACCAGCCUUAGUGUCAUAUAGGGACACAGCUCAAAAAGUUUUCAAAUCUCUCUUUUUGGAGUUCUUUUUGGCGUGUUUUUCAGCAUGAGAACAUCACAUUUCAGUUUGGAGAGCUAAAUUUACUUCAGUAAGUCAUAAAAGGUUUUAUACUUUUUCUUACAAGUUAUUUUAAUUUCAAAGAAGCUCUCAAGCCACAGUAUCAGACAAGUAGAGGGCUUCCCUUCUCUCCUUCAUGAAAGGACUCUGCAUUGCUUUAUUAACAUUAAAUUGAAAGCAUGCAUAGGGUUGGUUCCAAACUCUUUCUCUUUUGCUUGUUUUUGAGACAAAGUCCUAUUUUGAACCCCAGGCUAACCUGGAACUAAUUACAUAGCCCAGUUUAGCUUCAAAUAUGUGAUAACUCUGUCUCAAGCUUCCAAAUUCUGGGAUUCCAAAUGUGUGCAACAUGAUCAUCAAUAAAUGCUUACGGAAGCAGACAAGUGCUAAUAAGGUCCUUAAAUGGGCCUGCAUGGAAAAAAAGAAACAUACAAGGUAAGAUCGAAAGGUUUUACACGAAUUAAUCAGGUUGAAGCUGAGGAGCAAGAUGGAUGACUUCUGAGUUGAGUUGUGUCUGUCGGGGGCAGGAGGUAGAGAGUGGGUGGCUUAUGGAGGAACUGAACAAGUAUAGCUAAAAGAAAGUACUCCCAGAGGUGGGACUGGUGACUAUAGAGGUUAGAAGAUGCCUCCUGAAUGCACUGCAAGCCUGAAAUUACUUUGUCUCUUGGAGGACAAAUUGUCUUUGUAGCAAAAUCAUAAAGGAACACCCUGGGUUAGGCCUGAUAGUGUGGGCCGGUAAGCCUAACUACUAAGCAGGCUAAGGCAGGAGGACCACAAUUUCAUGGCCUUCCUAGGCUAUACUGACAAUCAUAGUAAGGGCAAGGCUAGGCUGGACAUCUUAAGGAGACCUUGUCUCAAAACAUUUUUAAGAAGUUGGUGGAAUGCUGGCCUAGCAUGAGAGGUCCUGGAUUCAAUCCCUAAGACUGGAUGUAGAGAAAGUCAGUCAUGUAUAUCAAACUCCAGGACAGAGAGACUGCGGUCAGACCAACUUGUGCUUGAAUCUUGAAACCUAUUGGUUGCAGCCAAUACCAAGUAACAAGGCAAGGUGGGGCUGAGGCUGCAGCAAUGGUAGAGCACAUCUAGAACCUGCUGGGCCAUAGUCUCAGGCUCCAGUGCCCAAAUGACAAUAAACAAUUCAAAAAAGAAAAACUUCGAGAUAAUGAGAAGAAAAACGUAGGCCUCCCAUUCCUUGCCUACUUCUGCCUCAGAUUCAAAUCUCCCAUCCAAGUAUUAACCAGGCCAAAGCCUGCUUAGCUUCUAAGAUCAGAUGAGAUUGGGGACAUUCAGGGUGGUAUUGGCUAUAAGCCUAGCUUUAAAUCUUUGACAAGGCCCAGAAAAGGCCAGUAGCAUAGAGACAGCUUUUCUUUAUAUCAUCUUUAGAAUAGGUUGUAAAGAAUAUUCCUGGUAGAUAGCCCUUCUACCUAUUCUGAUAGAUAGCUCCCACCUUGACAAGCUUUCCUGUUUUUAUUGCUUCAAGUUGUAUGUCUAUAAAGGCAUGUUUGACUGUAUGCAUUUACUUUUGAAGGCAUUCUUGCUGAAUCUACAGGCAACUCUUCAUCUCUGUAAUGCUACCUGACUUCUCUUGUGAGGAGCUGGUGAGGAAGUUGGUAGGUCUCUGCAGACACUAGGGCCAGCAAAGUGUUGUGGAGUCCUGUGAGGCAAGAAAGAAAUCUGGCUUAACAUGACUCAUAGCUGAUGUUGGUUCAAACUUGUAGUGUCUGACACCAGGCAGUUUAUUUUAGGCAUAUUUAAGUAUAGUACAAUUUGGAAAAAAAAAAGUUUCUUAGUGCAACACAAUCCUGUGUGCACAAUGAGGCAUGAUUACACUGAAACUCUUCUCAGAUACAGGUCUGCUCUUCCAUACAGUCAUACAGAUAGCACAGAAGUCAUCUUGACUAUUAGCUACCUCUGGUCCUGGUUGUGGGAGCUUGGGGAAGCCCUGCCCAUACAAAUAAUGCACUGGUCAUUUAGACGAUUAGCUACCUCAGGUCCUCCUUGUGGGAGCUCAGGGGAAGCCAGAUAUGGCCUGGUCCUACAGAUAGCACAGGGGUUACCUAGGCUAGUAGCCACUUGCAUUCCCAGCCUUCUUGGCAGAAAAUAAGCUAUACAUCUUUUCUCUUGAAAAGACAACCCUGCAUAUUUAGCAUUCCUGGCUUCCCUAGUGAGCACAAGGACCUUUGUGUUCCCAACAGAAUCCGGUUAUCAAAUAGAAAAGUGUGUCCAAAAAAAGAGAAGGAUUGCAACAUGGUGUGCUGGCAUGUGGCAUGUGAAGUAGGAACCAAAUGGAGGGAAAGAAGCAACUACUCCCAAGCUGGAGAAGUAGCUCAGUUGGUAGUGCUUCUGUAGCGUACAGAAAACCCUGCGUUCAGUCCUCAGCAUCUCGUGCAAUCAGUGUGAUGAUGUGCACAAGUAAUUCUACCAGUUGGCAGCGGGAGGCAGGAGGAUCAGAUGUUCAAAGUCAUCCUCAGCUACAUAGAGAGUUCUAGGCUAAUCUGAGCUAGACAUUCUGUCUUGCUUUUGAUUGACAGGCUGUGGGCAGGAGCAUGGUGAGCGUGACAGUCCACAUGAGCCUCAUCACCAUCCUUUCUUCUACGCUUUGCAUCCAGGCCCAGACUCUGUUGAUAGUUUUCUUUCUGUGCCAAAGAACAGUGGGAAAGAGAUUUAGAAAAGGGAAAUAUUUGUAUCUGGGAAGGAGCAGAGCCCUCAGCGACCUCUGGGGUGAUUUUCUUUGAACUAGUCGUUGUUCCAUUAUUCUGUUUGCCUAUAUCCCUAAAGGUUAGGGGACAGUAUCAAUUUCCUUCUGUACCCACAAGUCCACUGCAUAAAUCAGUAAUUAUUUGCUGAAAAAAAAAAUAAGCAACCAAGCAUAGGAUAAUCAGGUUGCCUGGUUGGUGACUCUUGAGUCUGAAUUCCCAAGGACAGUAAUCCUCUUAUCCCCUAAGCUGUUCUAGCUGCGUCUAACAGAGAUAGAAAGUGACAGAUGCAGUCUCUUUCUGAUCUAUAUUUAGUUGGAAGUAGGAGCUUUCCAUGUCACUUGAGGCCUUAUGAAUUCUUCUCUGAAGAGUCUAAGUGGCCAGAUACUUUCUGUUCAAGGACUGCCAAAUGCUACUUAAUAGCACUGUAAGUUCAAAUGAAAUAUGUUUAUAGAUGGUGCUGUGUGUGCAGCGGGGAACCAAACUUUACACUGCUAAGGCGGGUGGGAAUUAAUCCAGGCAUUGUAUCAGUGCAGAGGCUCCUCAAAAGACUAAGAAUAGAACUAACACACGAGGGCUGGAGAGAUGGCUCAGCGGUUAAGAGCCCUGACUGUUCUUGCAGAGGUCCCGAGUUCAGUUCCCAGCAACCACAUGGUGGUGCAAAAUCAUCUGUAAUGGUAAUCCAAUGCCCUCUUCUGGUGUGUCUGAAGAGAGUGACAGUGUACUCACAUACAUAAAAUAAAUAAAUAUUAAAAAAAACCCUAACAUACGAGUCAGCUACUUCUGUGCAUAUGCCCGAAGGAAUCAAAGUGAGCAUACAAUAGAAACACUACACCCCCGUGUUUAUUGUAGCACUAUUCAUAUCAGCCAGGUUUUGGAAUCAGUGGAAGAGUCUAUCAAUGGAUAAAAGGAUAAAGAAAAUGUGGUAUACAUUCACAAUGGCAUUGGAUCAUCUACAGAGAUGUGGUGGGCAGGAGAAUGGAUCAAACUACAGAUUGUCAUGGUCAGCAAAAUAAGCCAGACUCAGAAAAUCAAAAUGCUCAUAUCUUUUCCCAUAUACAGAAUCUAUAUUAAAAUAAAAAGAUAGCGAGGGCAGAAGUGGGACUAUUUGACAGGUGAGAAGGAGGGGGACAAGAGGCUAUUAGAAUAGAUACUAUUAAAAUAUAUCAUAUAUGAAAAUAUCACAGAAUACAUUGUUAUAUACAAUUAAUAUAUGAUAAGAAUUUUAAAGUAUGCAUUUGUACACAAUACAGUUUCAAGGGUAGCCGCUAAUAUACUUUGCAGUCACCUCUACCUGGCAGAAUUUUAGUAAUCUUUCACUUAUUUGUUUCCUAAGAAAGUAUGUAUUGUUAUAUCGAUCAUUGUCAUUUAAAAUAUUGUGAAUAUAAAAUAAAACUGAAUAUAAUUU